UUCUAGCCAAAUCAAAAUCUGGCCACUGCUGUGCGCCCGCCAGCGAAGUGUGUGCGCUUGCCGAGUUGUUUUUCGGCGUACAAAAGUUCGUUCUGGGUGUCACCUGUGCGUACCGGUUUGCAGCAGCUCCAAGAAGCGUGCUUUAUUGUUCAACUGGAAUAUGUAGUGCAGCCUUCGCGACAACAAUUCGUCUCGAUGCGUCAGUGACAUGGGCAACACCAACGCGACACAGUUGUCACAGACUCCUCUAGGAACAGCUGGGACAACAUCUUUCAGCAGUGGCCAGCCAAUGGGCUUCCACGAAGUGCAUGGCGAAAACGUGCGCUUGGAGCAAGGUGGCAAAGUGGCACGCCGAGCCGAAAGCUUCUGCAAGGCUAUUGUCUUCAGCUCAAGGCCGGUGCAGGUCAAUGAGAGGGUGGUGCUACGCAUCACAGAGCUCUCUAACGGUUGGAGCGGGGCACUGAGGCUGGGCUUCACGUCCCAUGACCCUAGCACUCUACAGGGAACUCUACCGAAAUAUGCAUGCCCGGAUUUGACGAACAGGCCCGGUAACUGGGCCAAGGCACUGGGCGAAAGGUACGCCGUGGCAGACACAUUGCUGCAUUACUAUGUCAACAACGCGGGUGAGGUCUUCUUUGGCAUCAAUGGUGAAGAGAAGGGUCUUUUUCUGAAUGGCGUUGAUGUCAGGGGACCUCUAUGGGCACUUAUUGAUAUUUAUGGAAACACCACAGCCAUCAAGAUGGUUGAGGAUGAGCAAUUACUGAACAACCGAAAUGAAAUGAUUCGAAAUGUCGCCUUAAACACUGGCGGUGUGGAGGACCUUAUUCGACAGAUGGAAUUGGUUAAUUCUAGAGAGACAGCAGCGAUGGCUCCAGUGAUUGCCGAUGCAUCGAGUUUGGAUACACUUGACGGCACGCCAUUGCAAUCUCCGCCCCACCGUCGUCCCACCACCAUGCACGCUCCUAGCAGUGCAACUUGGCAGCGUCUGGUGUUCCACAGUGUGCUAGGUCCAAACUGCAGGCUAGACCCGAUGGACAAGCUAGUCGCAGAACGUUGCGACAUUGGAGAGCAGCGGGCAUUCGUCUUCGCUUCGCGCACCCUUUGUCCGAAUGAGCGGCUUACAAUCAAGGUGACAGGCAUGGACCAACUGCUAUCCGGUUCUCUGGCCUUUGGCCUGACGACAUGCAAUCCGGCAUCUCUCCAACACACUGCAUCUGAACUCCCUGCCGACCUGGAAGCACUACUCGAUCGGCCAGAGUACUGGGUCUUCCAGAAGGACAUUCCCUGUUUACUCAAUGAUGAACUCACCUUUGUCACUGGGGAUGACGGGAGCAAACGAGGACCACCCGUAACCAAAAUAGAGCAAAGCACAGAGCAGCCCAUCGUCGAGAAGAGCACUGCGAAAGCGCCCAAAAAACCACUUGAGGAACCUGACGACGACUGCCGAAUAUGCUUCGAGAAGCCAAUCGACAGUGUGCUUGUGAAGUGUGGCCACUCGCUGACCUGCCACGAAUGUGGCCUGAAGCUCCUGAAGGAAGCUCCUCAGUGCCCUCUUCGACAGCGCAUACAAGAAUUCAUCCGCAUCUACAAAGCCUAA